ACUGAACCAAUCAUAAUACAUGAAUCAUGACUCAUCUUAAGUUCCUUAAGAAUGUGGGGGUGACGACGAAAAUGGGCCAAAACUAUGGCGUUUGGUUUUCCUUUUCGCUCUUAAAGUGUGUUUCUUUGGGGGGUUUAUUGAAGACUAGUGGAAAAGUCGGUCACAACGGGACAAAGAGACGCAACGGUUUCCGUCUCAGCUCAAACCCUCCAUUCAAUUUCCAUACUCCCCAACUUUGAGCUGUCUCUCCCAUUUCAUCCCUCCCCUCGCUCGCUCGCUCGCUCGCUGCCUCUCCUUUAUCUCCGACUUUCCAUUGAAAAAGGUUUGGUCUUUUCCCCACGCCCCAGUUCCUAUAUCUCAAAGUUCUUCGCUUUCUGUUUCCCCUACUCGGUUUAUCCGCAUAUUCUGUUGCUUCUCUCACCUUUUUCACUCUCCAACUAACAAUCGUGCCAUUCUUGUUAGGGUUUUGCAUCAAUUCUUUGGAGGAGACGACCCAAGGGAGGGAGAACCGAGUCCAACAGGUGCCCUUUUCUGUAAUUUGAUUCUUCUUCGUAUCUGGGUUCUGCUGACAUUGAAUUCUGCUGCGUGGGGUUUGCUCAACGUUAGAUGAAAGUUUGACUAGGGCUUUAGGGUUACAUCUAUGAUUCUUCGUUUGGAAUUUGCUUGUGGAGGAUCUAGAUGAGUUCAUGUGACUUUUCUAGGGUGCUCGAUAUAUUAUUGUGUUUGGCUUUUUGUUUUAGAGGUACACCCCAAAUUAGUAGGGCAGCCCUAUAUUCAAAAAAAAAAUUAGUAGGGCAGCCCGAAUUCCAGUUCAUUGUCCCAACCCAGAAUUCAGUUCCUUCUUUAGUGUACUGUGAAUCAUGUGCGGAGUUCUUGCAUCUUCUUUUUCCCUCCCUAUGGAAUUUGUCAUUGUCACUAGUUUUGUUAGUUCUUGCUAACUAUCAACAAAAAAGCCUUGAGAUGAUCUUAGAAGGCGAGAGACAAAGCCAUGAUUUUAAACAUGUACUAUGAUGUAGUGCAGUAGUGGUUUAUAGAGACGUCACUCAGGUUUCAUCCACUUUGUAUUAUACUUCCUCCAAUCUUUGGCAAUUUGCUUCACUGAAUGUUGAUGAGUGCUUGAAUAUCUAUUCUGGGAUAAAAAUGAACAGGUUAGUGUCAUGGAUCAACAAGGGCAACCUCCUGCAGCAACUGGGGUUGGAACUACUGCUCCAGUCCCCUACGGAAUCUCUCCAUACCAGCCUAACCAGAUGAUACCUUCAGGUCAGUCUCCAGCUCAGUUAGCACAGCACCAGAUGGCGUAUCAGCACAUGCACCAGCAACAGCAGCAGCAGCUUCAGCAGCAGCUCCAGAGCUUCUGGACCAACCAGUACCAAGAGAUCGAGCAGACGACCGACUUCAAGAACCACAGCCUGCCCUUGGCAAGGAUCAAGAAGAUAAUGAAAGCCGACGAGGACGUGAGGAUGAUCUCGGCCGAAGCUCCAGUCAUAUUCGCCAGGGCGUGCGAGAUGUUCAUCCUCGAGCUCACUUUGCGUUCGUGGAACCACACCGAGGAGAACAAGCGGAGGACUCUCCAGAAGAAUGACAUCGCCGCCGCGAUCACCAGGACUGAUAUCUUCGACUUCUUGGUCGAUAUCGUUCCAAGGGAGGAUUUGAAGGAUGAGGUUCUGGCCUCUAUCCCGAGGGCUGGUGGACUUCAGGGUCCGCCUGAACCUGCUGUGCCUUACUAUUACAUGCAGCCUCCACAGGUGAAUGCUGUUGGUGGGAUGAGUGUCGGGAGGCCGGUGGUUGAUCAGGCCCUUUAUGGUCAGCCGCCUCGUCCUUACAUGGCGCCACAGAUGUGGCCACAUCAGCAAGAGGAAGAACAGCAGCAGCCACCCUCGGAUUCUUGAACGUGGGUUGAUUGUGUAAUGGAACUGGUAGUUUGAGACAUGGAAAGAUGGUAUGCGAGUAGAUUUGGUUUUGAUGUUGUGUUUUGGGUUGAAGUCUGUCUUGUAAAAUUUGGGAUUCUUGUUUGGCUGUGUAUUCUAUGGUAUGUUCUUAUGGUUGAUGCUUUUCGUUUUUACAUUUUACGUUCUCCAGCCAUUUGUCAUUCGACUGGCGCAAAGCAUUUUGAAAACUUUGAUUUAUAAGAUUUCAACAACCAUGAUGGCUCAAGUUCUAGUUAUAGGAUAGACUUUCCUUUUCCAGUAUCCUAUGCCCCAAUCUCGAAUCUUAGGAUAUAAUUUAUCAUUCUGCAAACCACUUUUAGUAGCAUAUAAAAACAACCAAUCUAAUUUGUAUGGUUACACAUUUACAAUCCUUAUAAAGAAAACACUAGUAGGUAUCGUUUGCUUGUGGGUUUUGGGUGAUGGAUUUGACAUACAAACCUCAAGCAUCACGGACUUGACACAAAUCCAUUGUAAAGAGAUACAAAUCUAUAGGGCCCACGGAUUUGCAAAUCCCAUAUUUUAUUUGGGAUUUGAUAAUGAAAGGAAAAAAUGUGA